UAGGUUUGUCGACAAACCUCCUUUGUGAAUUCGGGCCAUUUUGUUCAGUUGUUUCGCCAGUUUACUCUGAUGGGCGAAAGAUGAAACAAUUCAGUAUCAUUAAUCGACUUUCUAUGCAUGGGUUCAUUUUAGCGGCCUCUUAAUCUCUUCCAUUUCAGAAUAACUUUAUGAGAAGCAAAAAUACAACGUUUGCCUUGUUUUGAGGUGUGCUUUGAAUACUGACUGAUGUAACAUAUCGAUGAAAUUGAAAUGGAGAAAGAACUGUAUGAAGGGAUUUAUUAUUUAAACAUUAGUGACAUCACUUACGGGACAAUGAAUCCAUAUAGAAUAUAACCGUAUUAAUGAAUAUCAUUGGUAAUGUACUACUAUAAUACUGAAAAAGGAUUAGAAUCAAAUCAGAAAAGUCCCGCAAAGUGAUUUACAUGAAAGACUUUUUUAAAUAAUUAUUUCAUGGGCUAUUACAGUUGAGCUACAUCGUACAAUGAGCAUUGGGUUGGCUGCCCACAAAAUUGAUGUUAUUGUCAUCGACAUUACUAGCUCUCACGGUUUUCCUUCCGGCAGCCAACGAUCUGUCGUCAAGGCUGAUCUGACAGAAAUUAUAUAAUUGUGAUUUUGGUUUCAAUGAAUAAGCAACACAAAUAGAGACGGGGCUGAAUAGAGGCGUCAUAGAGUGUGUAUAAAUACAGAUCAGUCCACAUAAUCUUGAUCUGUAUCAGGUCACUUCUAACCAAUCUGGUAGCCAUCUCUCUUCAACUGCGGUAAACAGCGGACAUCAUGAAGAUUGUAAUUCCUGUGUGUUUGGCUCUUGUGGCCUUCUUUGGGACCGUGUGAGGAACAAUCAUAAUCAUAAUCAUAAUCUUAAAAAUCCUAAAAUUCCAAUAUCGGCCCAGCGCUCUUAACUUAUUAGCAUCUUAACCGCCCGAAACCCCCCUCCUUUUACUCACUGAACUGCCCGAAACCGCCCGUCCAUUUUCAAUGCGCUAUAGUAUCCGUUCUUGGGUCUACCGUGAUAAUGUUAUAGGUGCGUAAUCCUUACGAUGUCUGCAGAAGGAUUCUGCAUAGAAAAAUAGCGCAUGUUUAAUAUUGUUCAGAACAAUGUCAAAAUGAAAGCAAUAUUGCAACAUCUUCCAGUGAGUAAUAGGCCAAUUUUACAAUAUCUCAAGUUGCUAAUGGCACCCCAGGCCUGUGGCACCCAGACGGAUUAUUAUACCCGAUGGUCCUAGCAAACAGAGAGUAAUCAUGAAAUUAAGCAAACUACUACUAGGAAGAAGAAAAUGAAGAACAAGGGGGAAGGAAAAGAAAUAUUUCAGCGAUAUCAGUAAUUAUUUUCUCUAUGAUCGAGGCAGGGACUUGAACAUUACAUGUACAUACUCCGUGGCAAGAAGGAAAUAAGCGAGAGAAAAGAAGGGCAAUGACAAGAGAGAGAGAGAGAGAAAGAGUAGCCUAUGGCCCGGGUUCAAAUUAAGUUUUCUUUAAUUUAUUAGACCCGGUACUGAUGAUCAUCUACAUUGUAUUUACCAUAUGAUUGCCAUGUGUCCGCUACAUCGAAUAGUACCAUAUAUAUUUCAUGGGCUAUUACAGUUGAGCUACAUCGUACAAUGAGCAUUGGGUUGGCUGCCCACAAAAUUGAUGUUAUUGUCAUCGACAUUACUAGCUCUCACGGUUUUCCUUCCGGCAGCCAACGAUCUGUCGUCAAGGCUGAUCUGACAGAAAUUAUAUAAUUGUGAUUUUGGUUUCAAUGAAUAAGCAACACAAAUAGAGACGGGGCUGAAUGGAGGCGUCAUAGAGUGUGUAUAAAUACAUAUCAGUCCACAUAUAUCUUGAUCAGUAUCACUUCUAACCAAUCUGGUAACCAUCUCUCUUCAACUGCGGUAAACAGCGGACAUCAUGAAGAUUGCAAUUCCUGUGUGUUUGGCUCUUGUGGCCUUCUUUGGGACCGUGGGAGGAACAAUCAGCGACGGACAAGUUCGCCUAAAUAAUCAAGGUGAUAUGAACACCAACGGAGGAAUUCUGGAGGUCUACUACCAGGGAGAAUGGGGCAAGGUGUGUCCCAGUGGUUACUGGAACUCAAAUGCCGCCACUGUAGUGUGUCGUCAGCUCGGCUUCGCUGCUACCGGUUAUGUCUUUAACCCAUCAGACUUCGUAGAUCCCGACUCGGACCCCAAUCAAAAAGUCUGGAUGGAUAACGUAAGCUGCACAGGCGACGAACAAACCAUCGUAGGUUGUUUUUCCGGGGAGAUGGUAAUGACUACAUCUAGCUGCUCUGGGGACGUUGCUGCUGUCCUUUGCGGAGUCGAAAAGAAGGAGGUAGGCGACAACGAUGAUCUCUUCAAGCUUAAAGUUCGAGCAGUCGAACUUCUCCUUGACCUCCUACGGGGGACCAAGAAGUAGAUAGCCUCACUUUGACAACAGAUGACGAAAAAUCUGACCGAGAAAAUAAUUCAGCCUGGAUAAAUAUCACUAAUUAUAUUCGAUAAUUCUCCGAAAAUUAUGAGUUAACAUCAAAUUAUUCUAAACAUUAUAAUUCAAUUUUAAUUUUGAGAGAAUAAUGUGAGAUGUUCAAUUUGAUACGGAAACUUAAUAAUACUCACAGUAAACGCUGGUGGCAGGCUAUGGGUUCUUGACCCGGAAAUGUUUUAAUCGUGAUAUUUUAUAUAUAUUCUUUAGAAUCUUUGAAUGACGUGAUAUGCUAUUGCUUGUAGGGUAUUGAGAAUUAAAUGGAAAUAGUCAUACUUGAGGGAGGGGUUACACUAGUUUCAAGUCAUCUCAGUUAAAAAAGUGGGCAUACAUGUAAGUGACUGUAUAAUCGUAUUUUAUCCAAUGACAUACAUUAAAGGGACUAUGUAAUAUUGUUCAAAUGAGAGAAAAUGAUGCUAAGUUAAUAUCCUCAGUUUUAGAUGGACAAUUAAAGAUAAUCUGAAAGUUUGAGUAAAAAUAGACCAAUAUUAAUGAUAACAAUCGGGCAAAAUUGAUCUGAUCGAUUACAUAAUUCUCCAAACUAUAGUAUUACAAUUAAGUUACCAUUAAGGUGAAUGUAAAUCAUCACAAAGCAAUGAAUUGAUUCUAUAUACCAUUCCAGACAAUUAAGUUUUGAAAGAUUUUUCAAGCCGGUCUUAUGUCUUAUUUUCAUGGGGAAAUGGUUGGGAGAAUUUACUGGUAGAAGGUGUCGCACAUCAAAGAAAACCAUAAAUAUCUUUGUGAUUUGAGAUUUUUUUUUCAGGAUUCUUUGCAUGUCUGAGGGAUAGUACAGUAAAAGUAAUAUAAUAAGUAAAAUUUCUUCAAAAUUUACGUAGUUUUUUCAUCAAACUUCAACAAUGUUACCGAGUCACUUUAAGUGUAUGUCAUAGGCCUAUUGUUUUGGCGGACUAAGUUGGGUCGAGGUGUGCGUUUGUUUAAGCUACGGUAGGAAUGUAAUUCAGUAAUGUGAGUUUUUAACUAUUUUUAGCAUUAGAGAAAUCAGUUCAGACGUGUAAGAACAUAGUUUAGAAUAUGCAUGGGCAGGUGUUCACUGUAGGUUUUCAUUGAGUAUUAGAUAUACAAUCUUAUUGUGUUACCGUAUAACUGACACAUUUUUAUAUUUUAAUAUACGCAGAGAUUACAUUGAUUGCAAUCAAUAAAUCCUUAAAAUCCUUGAAUUUAUGGAUCCUUAAAAUAAAUCAGCCAAUAAAUAGAAACAGCACUACACCGACA